AUGGUGGGACUUCUUCAGCUUCCUAACGAGCUGCUCGCUGUGAUAUUUGGCGGCCUAGACGCCCAAGGCUUCUCUGCCCUCCGGUUGACGUCGAAAUACGCCAAAUUGGCUACGUUGCCAGCUUUCAUCAGCCGGUACUUCCAGAUCCGCUACAUAGUGCUCUCAAGGCUCAGCCUCGAGAACCUUGCGGAGAUUGCACGACAUCCAGACUUUGGCCCUGCUGUGAGAACACUAGAACUCUGUACGGAUCAUUUCGUGGAGUUCCCAGAUAUAUGCGAUCAUAUUGCAAGGCAUGAAGGCGACAUAUCACUGGCCAUACAAGAAGGUCGAUACCCUCCCGCAGCUUCAAUGGGCAGCAUAGAUGAUACAUACUCAUCCGGCGAGGAGGAGAACCAAAGCAUUGGAGAGGAAGGUGGGGGUACCGAUGAAGGGAGUCUCUCGUCUCAGGACUCGUAUGAGGCGCCUUUGGAUAAGGCGGCUUAUACGUCACUGUGGGAAGAGCAGCAACACAUAAUCAUGUCCGGCCUUGCGCAGGCCUACAUCACGCAGGCGCUGAUUUCUCUUACCAACAUUGAGGCUGUCGUCAUUAGCAACAUGCACCGGCCCUGGGGUGCACUAGCGCAUGGCCGACAAACAGGUCGACCGCCAACGAACGUCCUAAACGAUUACGAGGAGGUUCCGUUUUUGGGCCAAGUCCUUCGCAUUACCCUUACAGCUGUUGCUACGAGUGGUGCCGCUCUUAGCAGCCUUGACAUCACAGCUGGCCUCCCUAGGGAGGCGAUUGGGCCAGACAUUCUCAGACCCUCGGAGUCACAUUUCCAAUAUUAUAAGAACCUCCCUCCAAGCCUUACGGAGCUCACACUAAAUGUAUCCGCUGAGGCAACGAGGGGCGCCGAGGACCGAUGGGCAGAUGAUCUAUCAGCAUUUCUCGGGGUGUUUCCACAACUCACACAACUGAAUCUGGUCAUCUCACCCGUCAGCUUCCGCCCACAGAUUGACCGGUUAAAACAGCUCGCACCAAAACUUCAACUACCGAAUCUACAAUGCCUAGGACUCUAUAAGGCAUAUUCGUUACUUUGGUCCGAGUAG